UCUUCCUGAAGGUCUUGGUGCUCUCGAGCCAUAUCUUGCGCUAGUUUUACGGUUACAUCGUUACAUCAUCAUCAUGGAAAGUUUGGGAAAUAUGGCCGCGCGCACACAGGGCAGAUUCGGCGGCUGAAAGCUUCAGCGCGGUUCUAGUAGUGGCAGAGUGGCUUCGAGUGUUUACUUUUCACUUCGAGCUAUUUGAAAUGAGUGCACCAGCAUUGUACAGGACAACAAAACAAUUUUGUGAAGAACCCAGAACAGGACCUGAAGGAGCAAGACACAGGCCGCAUGCUCGAGUGAGAGAAACAGGGAUUCAUCUACGGAAAAUAGAAAAAGAAGUUCUCGCAAUAUUUCGUCGGGAACUUCUCACCGGCACCUCUUCUGUCUGAACGUAGCUGACCCUCUGACAAACGCACUCCGCAUUAAAGAAGAGGCAAGAGAUUCUUGUGACUUCGAGUCAUCACGUGCCAGGCCCUUUGGAAUCACGACUCCAAGAAAAUGAAGUUCUCUCUGGAGUUCCGGGAUCAGCCCGUGAGAGUGAAAUCGGAACCACCUGAUGUUGCAUGCCUGCCACAACAGGGCCAGGUACAUCAACAGCACUGUGGAGUGACAGCUGGGACGUGUGACAUUAAAGAAGAACCUCGAGAGGAAUCUUCAAAGGAACAUGCAAUCGUGGAAGUCAAAACGGAGCCUUAUAACGUUACAAUCUUGACUGGACAGGACCAAAUGGGACGCAAGUGUGAUUCAACAUCACAAGGAGUGACAGCUGGGACGUGUCCUAUUAAGGAAGAACCUCGAGAGGAAUCUUCAAAUGAAGAUCCAAUCAUAGAAGUGAAAACAGAGGCUUACAAUGUUCCAGUCUUGGCAGAAGAGGAACAGAUGGGCUGUGACCCAACAUCAGAAGGAGCAACAGUUGGUAUGUGUGACAUUAAAGAAGAACCUCGAGAGGAAUCUUCACAGGAAGAUCCAAACAUAGAAGUGAAAACAGAGGCUUACAAUGUUGUGCCUUUGGGAGGACAGGAACCAAUGAGACAUAGAUGCGACACAACAUCAGAAGGAGCAACACCUAGGAUGUGUCACAUUAAAGAGGAACAUCAAGAGAACUCUUCGAAUGAAUAUCAAAUUGUACAAGUGAAGACAGAGCCUUACAAUGUUGCACUCUUGGCAGAGAAGGACCAGAUGGGACACAGCUGUCUGUCAGCAUCAGAGGGAGCAAGAGGAAGCACUGGUUUGCUCCACAUUAACGACCAGCCCAGAGGCACUUGUGAUCAAGCAUCUUCUGGUUGCACAUCUUCAGAGGCACAGUUCAAUAUCAGCACAAUAACCGUUGAAGCGCAGUUCGACAACACUUCACCAGUCACUAUGGACAGUCCUCCCAUGGAGCAACCUCGAGACCAGAGCAAGCCAUGUGCACUUGCGUGCACGUCGAAAGACAGCCGGAGACGUCACAUGCUUGCACAGUGUCACAAUGAGUCUGAAAAGUGUCGAGCUACUCCAUCGGGGGAUCAGAUGGGAGAGGAGGGUUUUAGGUACGACAUCUGUCCCUCUGCAUUCUUGCCGUCUGGCAGUGACACGAGUCACGUGUCAAAGCGUACUGACGAGGAGUCAUGCAAGUCCGACCACUGCCCUGCACAGUUCCACCAGAGGAGGAGUCCGCGGUGUCACAUGCAAACGCACAUGAACCAGCAGUUGUACAAGAAUGAUACCUGCCCUGCGAAGUUCAGCCGUAUUGUGCACCGGCGGCUUCGCAAGCGAGCAGACACUCGCGAAAAACUAUACAAGUGUGAUGCCUGCCCGGCAGAGUUCAGCCGGACCUGGCACCUACAGCGUCACAAGCGGACACACAGGGGUGAGAAACCGAAUAAGUGCGAUCUCUGUCCCGCUGAGUUCAGCCAGAGCAAGAGCCUGUUGGAUCACAAACUGACGCACAUGGGCGAGAAAACACAGAAGUUCAAUGCUUGCCCUGCGGAGUUCGGUCGGAGAAGGAGCUUUCAGAAGCACAAGUGGACACACACGAGCAAGAAGCCAUAUAGGUGCGAUGCCUGCCCAGCGAAGUUCAGCCAUAACGAACAUCUCCAGCGUCACAAGCGGACACACACCGGCGAGAAACCAUACAAGUGCGAUGCCUGCCCAGCAGCGUUCAGUGAGAGAGGGAACCUACAGCAGCACAAGCGGACCCACACGGGCGAGAAGCCAUACAAGUGCGAUGUCUGCCAAGCGAAGUUCAGCCAGAGCGGGCACCUACAGCGUCACAAGCAGACACACAAAGGCGAGAAACCAUAUAAGUGCGAUCUCUGUCCUGCUGGGUUCAGCAAGAGCAAGAGCCUGUCAGAUCACAAACUCACGCACACGGGCGAGAAGCCAUACAAGUGCGAUGCCUGCCCAGCGAAGUUCAGCCAUAACAAACACCUCCAGCGUCACAAGCAAACACACACCGGCGAGAAACCAUACAAGUGUGAUGCCUGCCAAGCGGAGUUCAGUGAGAGAGUGAACCUACAGCACCACAAGCAGACACACACGGGCGAGAAGCCAUACAAGUGCGAUGUCUGCCCAGCGAAGUUCAGCCAGAGCGGGCACCUACAGCGUCACAAGCGAACACACAAGAGCGAGAAGCUGUACAAGUGCGAUCUCUGUCCUGCUGGGUUCAGCCAGAGCAAGAGCCUGUCGUAUCACGAACUGACGCACACAGGCAAGAAAACAGACAAGUGCAGUGUUUGUUCUGCAGAGUUCGGUCAUAGAAGGAACUUACAGCAGCACAAACUGACACACACGGGCGAGAAGCCAUACAAGUGCGAUGUCUGCCCAGCGAAGUUCAGCCAGAGCGGGCACCUACAGCGUCACAAGCGGACACACAGGAGCGAGAAGCCGUACAAGUGCGAUCUCUGUCCUGCUGGGUUCAGCCAGAGCAAGAGCCUGUCGUAUCACAAACAGAAGCACACAGGCAAGAAAACAUCCAAGUGCAGUGUUUCUUCUGCGGAGUUCGGUCAGAGAGGGAACUUACAGCAGCACAAGCUGACACACACGGGCGAGAAGCCAUACAAGUGCGAUGCCUGCCCAGCGAAGUUCAGCCAUAACGAGCAUCUGCAGCGUCACAAGCGGACACACACUGGCGAGAAACCAUACAAGUGCGAUGCCUGCCCAGCAGCGUUCAGUGAGAGAGGGAACCUGCAGCAGCACAAGCGGACACACACGGGCGAGAAGCCAUACAAGUGUGAUGUCUGCCCAGCGAAAUUCAGCCAGAGCGGGCACCUCCAGCGUCACAAGCGGACACACAGGGGCGAGAAAUCGUACAAGUGCGAUCUCUGUCCUGCUGGGUUCAGCCAGAGCAAGAGCCUGUCGUAUCACAAACUGACACACACAGGCAAGAAAUUAUCCAAGUGCAGUGUUUCUUCUGCGGAGUUCGGUCAGAGAGGGAACUUACAGCAGCACAAGCUGACACACACCGGCGAGAAACCAUACAAGUGCGAUGCCUGCCCAGCAAUGUUCAGCCAGAGCGGGCACCUACAGCGUCACAAGCGGACACACAGGGGCGAGAAACCGUACAAGUGCGAUCUCUGUCCUGCUGAGUUCAACCAGAGCAAGAGCCUGUCGGAUCACAAACUGACGCACACGGGCGAGAAAACAUACAAGUGCAAUCUUUGCCCUGCGGAAUUCGGGCAGAGAGGGAACUUACAGCAGCACAAGCGGACACAUACGGGCGAGAAGACAUACCAGUGCGAUGCAUGCCCGGCGGAGUUCAGCCAGAACGGACAGCUCCAGCGUCACAAGCGAACACACACCGGCGAGAAACCAUACAGGUGUGGUGCUUGCCCAGCGGAGUACAGUGAGAGAAGGAGCCUGCAGCAGCACAAGCGGACACACAUGGGUGUGAAGCCAUACAAGUGCGAUGCCCGCCGUGCUGACCUCUGCCUGAGGAGGAACCUACGGCAGCGUAAGCGGACACACACGGGCGAGAUGCUAUACAUGUGUGAUGUCUGCCCUGGUAAUUUCAGCCUGAGCAGGAACCUACGGCAGCACAAGCGGGCAUACAAGGGCGAGAAGCCAUAAAAGUACCACGUCUGUCCUGCAGAGUUCAGCCACUUGCAGCGUUACAGCUGCAUGCAGGUACAUGGGUGUGAAGCCGUACAAAUGCCACUUCUGUUAUUCAGGGAUCAUUCACAGGACCAGCAGGCACGAGCAAGCGAACCAAACAGCUGCUGGCUGAGCAUGAGCUAGUUCAGCCAGAGCAGGAACCUGUGGCUUCACAUGUCUCCACAAGGCACUUGAGAUUUGAAACUGUGCAAGUACAGAUGCCAUGUACACGUGAAAGAAUCCGUCCAAUUAAGUGUCACUUCUGUGCUGUUGUAUGUCCUUCAUGAACACAUGAUGAUGCGCAGGGAGAAAAGGCUAUGCAGAAGCUGUCUAUAUCCUAUCCCAUUUUAUUUCUGCUUUUUUUCCUGAUGGAAUAUUUCAAAACUUGCUCGCAUGAACAAACUGAGGUUCAAAAAUAGUUGGAUUGGAGCUGGAUUUGGUGGUGAUGCAUUGAAGUGUCACGAAACCCAGUGCCGGGGAGACAAACAGACAUGAAAAAGACAUCCUCUCACAGGCUCUGAACUGCAGAGGACGGUUCAUUUCCAUGAGCAACAUGCUCUUACAUUGCUCCCUUCCCUCUUUUUCUUCCUCUCAUGAUGAAUGGGUAUCUUCUUUAUCGUUGACUACUGAAGCGCGGAAGGAACAUGGACACGAGAGGUAAGGGAAACACAAGCGCUUGUGCUUGUCUUACAUCUCUUGUUCAUACUCCUUUGGCACUUCGUUAAUCAGACCAGGGAUAGUCAUCAAACUAGCCCAGCUAUCUACCAUUGUGCUUCUCUUGAGGCUUCCAUUGUUUUAUGCCGUACGUCUCGUCUGUUUGUGAAGUGAACAAAGAAAUCGACGUAAAGAAAUAAAAAAAAAGAUUUCCAAC